UCCCUCUUCCUCGUCAUAUUUGCUAAUAGGUUAGGCGAGGCGAAACUUAAACGUCCCAAAAACCAUUGACAUGGCCCCAAAAACGUCUAUUUCAAAUCCUGGUAAACGAGCAGCCUUUUCUACCCGACUACCUUCCAAGGCAAAGUCGAUACCGGAACCUGACGCGCCAGAAAAAAGUGGAGGCUCGGAUGCCGAGCACCUGUACGGUUUCUCAACGGACGAGGACGAUUCCUCCGAUGAGGAUGACAUUGCUGGUGAAGAAGUAGAUAUCGGGAGACUGCCUACUGUCGCAAAGGAUGACGCGACAGUAAGGAUGAAACUUGAGAAAGCCAAACGACAUCCAACUCAAGACCGAGGUGUGGUAUACAUGGGUUGUCUACCACACGGGUUCUACGAAGAUCAGCUGAAGGGAUAUCUCUCUCAAUUCGGGGAUGUAACAAGGUUGCGCAUUUCACGGAACAAAAGGACUGGCAGGUCAAAACACUACGGUUUUAUCGAGUUCGACUCAGCAUCUGUCGCGCAAAUCGUUGCAGAGACGAUGGAUAACUACCUGUUGAUGGGACAUAUACUUAAAUGCAAGGUAAUACCCAAGGAGAAGGUGCACCCCGAGUUGUGGGUAGGGGCGAAUAAAAAAUGGAAGGUCAUCCCAAAAGACCAAAUUGUGCGAAAGGAACAUAACAAGCCGCGAACUCAAGAAAGCAUACGAAAAGCCGAGAAGCGUCUGAUCCAAAGGGAGCACGAGAAGAAGCGAAAGCUGGCCGAAGUUGGCAUCACAUAUGAUUUUGAAGCUGUCAGCUAUAAAAAGAAGCCCAAAAAAGUAGUGUCAUAAUUACGCCUCUGAUUGAUACAGCGAACCGGAAAAUGUACCCUGUUGACUUAUAGUUCCUUAUCUUAGAGCUUCUACUUCUGCUUGAACAGCUUCAUCGUAUCGUCCUGUGAAUUCCCCUCUUGGUUAUCGAUUAGGUCCCGGUGCAAGCUGAGGUGGUUUGAAUAGCUCCGCGAAGGCUGAAGGUGGUGGGUUCUCUCCUCCCGGCUAGCAGCUGUAUUUCUCUCCCACUGGUAUUUUGCCUUUAUGUCAGCUUUUCGAAUAUACCAGUAUUGAGGGCGCUGAGUGGC